ACACACACAUUCGCUUUCCAUCUACCUUGGGUCGUUUGGACACUCUAUCACACGACUACCUGCAUUUGCGUCAUAGAUCUACAUUACGUGCUGGACGCCUACAUUCUCUUGAAUAUUCCCAACUGCACAGUUACACGCCUUUCUCAUUUUAGCUAUCAAUCGGUCCUGGGACCACGGUCACGAUAUAUCACUCUUCUCUUACGAUACAACAUAGAAUCACCUCACGAGCAGCUGGCCUAGUCACCACCAUUGAUCCGACGCUUCGAUGUCGAGUCAGCCUCAGAGACAACGGUCACUGUCUCCAACCCAUUUCAAGCAGUCCAGGCACGGUUUUCAGCCCCUGAACGACGUCCCCGAAAACAGCACUAUGUCGCGUCACAACGACGGCAUGAUGGAUAUCCCGCUCCAGACGGUAGUGAGCCAUGGAUCGACUGGACUUCGCAGCAACCACACCCCGAAAUCACCAAUUGGCCAAUCACAACAAGGAACAUUUUAUGAAAAACAAGAGCAAGACCAGGAUGAAAAUGGACACGGCGGCAGGAGGAAACUGGCGAAAGUCGACUCAAAAGGCCGCAAGAUUGGCACUGGGGCUGACGGAGAAGACGACACCCUCACUCGCAUGGGUAUGAUAUACACCAAGAUUUUACACUUUAGUGUCAUCACUCGUUACUUGAUCUAUGUCCUUCCUGUGGCUGCUAUUCUGGCUGUACCACUCGUUGUAGGUGCAACCGCUGCACCUCGCGCACAUAUUGGCGGCGUCCGAUUGGUCUGGUUCUGGACUUGGAUUGAGGUCGUUUGGCUCGGACUGUGGGCGUCAAAGGUCGUCGCUCACUUUCUUCCUAAGGUCUUCCAGGCGCUCAUGGGUGUUGUCAGUGCUGGCACGCGUAAAUACUCCCUCGUUCUCAAGGCCGUGGAGAUCCCACUCUCGCUUGUCGGCUGGGCUGUCGUGGCUUUAACCACUUUCAAGCCGGCCAUGCAAGCAACGCUUGACCCGAGUAAAGGAGAUAGGCUGCGCGGGUGGCAGGAUGUGAUGAUCAGAGUUCUCGGCGCGUGUUUGGCUGCGACUAUCGUUCUGCUUGUGGAGAAGCUUCUCAUUCAGCUCAUCAGCAUCAACUAUCAUCGUAAGCAGUUUAACGUCAAGAUCAAGGAUUCAAAACGUAACGUUUCGAACUUGAGCCUUCUAUACGAUGCUUCGCGGGCGUUGUUUCCUAUGUACUGCCGCGAAUUCCAAGAAGAGGACUACAUCAUCAACGACUCUCUCGAAUUUGGCAUGGGCAGCCGGACCAAUAGUGGAAACCAGAAAAGACCUGGCUCUGCCAAUCCAACCAGAUUGCUUCAAAAUGUCGGCCGUUUUGGGGAUAAGAUCACUUCGGUAUUUGGCAAUGUUGCUCACGAGAUCACUGGAAAGAAGGUUUUCAAUCCCAAUUCGGCUCACUCCAUCGUCGUCGAAGCAUUGGAGAAGAAACGUACAUCCGAAGCAUUGGCCAAACGCAUUUGGAUGUCACUCGUAGUCGAGGGUAGGAAUGCUCUAUACGCAGACGAUAUUGCAGAGGUGCUUGGCGCCGAUCGCACUGCUGAAGCCGACGAAUGUUUCAGUACCCUCGAUCGUGAUGGCAAUGGCGAUAUCAGUCUUGAGGAGAUGAUUCUUACCGUCACUGAAUUGGGCCGUGAGCGAAAGUCCAUUGCUACCAGCAUGCACGACGUUGAUCAAGCCAUCAACGUGCUUGAUGGUUUACUUUCCACUGUGGUGUUGAUCAUCGUUGUUUUCAUUUUCAUUGCAUUCCUUAACACCAACUUCGUCACAACUUUAGCGACGGCCGGUACAGCGCUCCUGUCGCUUUCGUUCGUUUUCGCUGCGACUACACAAGAGGUCCUCGGUUCCUGUAUCUUCCUCUUCGUGAAACAUCCUUACGACGUCGGCGACAGAAUCGAUUUGACUAGCGGCACGGACAAGCUUGUCGUUGAGCACAUUUCCUUACUCUUUACCACAUUCCGUCGCGUCACAAAUGGCAAGGUUGUUCAGAUCCCUAAUAUCGUCCUGAACGGCAUUUGGAUUGAGAAUAUCUCUCGCAGCAAUGCCAUGCGGGAGACAAUCUCCAUAUUUGUCGCCUUCGAUACAACCUUUGCGGACAUUUCGCUCUUGAAGAACGAAAUGCAGAACUUCGUUCGGGAUAAGGAAAAUGCCCGAGACUUCAUGCCGGACGUUGACAUUGAUGUCGCAGAUAUCUGCGAAAUGAACAAGAUGGAACUGAAGUGUGAGAUUCGUCAUAAGAGCAAUUGGGCAAAUGGCGUUGUCGCCGGUACCCGUCGCUCCAAGUUCAUGUGUGCCCUCGUCCUCGCUCUCCGCAAGGUACCUAUCUAUGGCCCUGGCGGCGGUGACCCAGCGUUGGGUGCAGUGGGCAACCCCUCAUACUCCGUAGCCGUCAGCCACGAGCAAGCCGAGCACCAAAAAGAGCUUGCGUCAAGGACGAAAGAAGAAUCACGUAUGGUUCCCACCGCAAAGACAGGUCUCACAUACCCCACGGACACGCAUGGCAAAGCCGCUGCAACCGCCACUGGGUUUAACAACCUCGCCCCAUCUGCCGAAGCCAAUGGUAUCAGCAACUUGACAGCGCGCAAUGUCGCACUUGAUCCAGCACGUGAUGACGCCUACUCGCUCCGCGACGAUGCGGCCUCCAUGGGCCGCCCAUCAAUGGACCGUCAUUCCAUGGACGCCGGCGCAGAAGACUCCAUGCAACUCCUCCAUAAGGCCCCCUCAUCCGCCUCCACUGGUCGCCGCCGAGCCGCAUCUCGCGUCGCAAUGGCUGUCCCAUCCGUGCCCUUCAUCGCCGAGCCCCGACCCCCUACCGGCGGAUCUGAUUACGCCGAUGUCCCUCCCGCGCGAAACCUGACCCAACAGCCCUCCGCGUCUGCUUUGGGCCGCAGCACAAGUCUGGGCUCUCCAGCCUUGCAUGGUAGUCAGCGGUCCGGAGAGCAGUAUGCCGGCGGUGCGACUACGCAACAGCAGCAGAUCCGGGGAAAUCCGUUUGCAAACCAGCCAAUGACGCAUUUCCAGUCGACGCCAGAAUAUCCUAGGCAGGAAAGUCCACCGGGCGCUUCGACGGGAAGAAGAGUGAGCGGAGAGACAGCGAGGCCCGGGCCAGGGCCGUAUGCGCAACCACCGGGUGGACCAGGCGCAUACAGGCCUUACGGGGGCACGUAGGUGGUGCUUGAUGCAUGACGUAUGAAAUUGAUUGAGUCCUUUGUUACGAGCAUAGAUGUCUUUUUUUCUUUUUUUUUCUGGCACAAUCUGGAGUCAUUCACAGCUAAGCUGAUGCUACUACUGGUUA